AUGUCCGGAGCAGCCAUGGGGAAAAGCACAGCAGCCGAGCCCGACAGCUCGGAAGAGGAGCUGGAAGCGGGGGCUGCAUCCCAGGCGUGCUACGGGCAAGGUCUGUGGGUCCCCCGGGGGAGGGAAGCAGCCGCCUGCCUGAGGGACACCGAAGGGAUGAAGGUGAGGAAGAGGAGCAGGCCGGUGCGCUCCAAGGCCAGGAGGAUGGCUGCCAAUGUCAGAGAGCGCAAGAGGAUCCUGGACUACAACCAAGCCUUCAAUGCCCUGCGGCUGGCCCUCAAACAUGACCUCGGUGGCAAAAGGCUUUCCAAAAUCGCUACCCUCCGGCGAGCCAUCAACAGGAUCACAGCUCUGUCCCUGUCCCUGCACGGCGCCGGGCGCUGCUGGUCCUGCACCCACUCUGAGUGCUGUGGCCGGGCCGGGGUCCCUGCACGGGAGCCGGGGACGAAGGCCACCCACCCCCAGCUCCCCUGGGAGCCCGGUUAUGGAGGCACCGCCGGCUUUCAGCGCUGCCCUCCGUCCCCUCUCUACACCAUGUUUUCCCCUGAGAGGCAGCUCCAGAACUACGAGAACCCGAAGGAGGAUCACGCCGUGCCCAGCCCUGCCUAUUGCUCCGGCGGGACCCACCACCCGGGGCUGCGAGGCCAGCAGAGAUACAUGGACAGCCUGCGAGAGCCCCUGGCUGGGGCAGUCCCCUGGCAGCUGGGCUAUUGCCAGAGCUGGGGACACCAGCAAUGCCUCCCCAUCCACUGA